GCCAAAGCCGAUUCCUUUUGAGCAGUGCUGAAGUGAGUGUUCUGUUUUCUUGCCAUCCAGCUUGGUGCCAUGGCUCUGGAGCAGAACCAGUCAAUGGAGUACUAUUAUGAGGAAAACGAGAUGAAUGAUACCCAUGACUACAGUCAGUAUGAAGUGAUCUGCAUAAAAGAAGAGGUCAGGCAGUUUGCGAAAGUCUUCCUCCCUGCCUUCUUUACCAUAGCCUUUGUCCUUGGGCUGGCAGGGAAUUCCAUAGUUGUGGCAAUUUAUGCCUACUACAAGAAGCAGAGGACCAAGACAGAUGUGUACAUCCUGAACCUAGCUGUAGCUGACUUGUUACUUCUGGUCACGCUGCCUUUCUGGGCAGUUAAUGCAGUUCAUGGGUGGAUUCUAGGAAAAAUGAUGUGCAAAGUAACUUCGGCCCUGUACACAGUAAACUUCGUCUCUGGGAUGCAGUUCUUGGCUUGUAUCAGCAUUGACAGAUACUGGGCAAUCACCAAGGCCCCCAGCCAAUCAGGAGUGGGGAGACCCUGCUGGAUCAUCUGUUGCUGCGUGUGGAUGGUUGCCAUCUUGCUGAGCAUCCCCCAGCUGGUUUUUUACACAGUGAAUCAGAAUGCUCGCUGCACUCCCAUCUUUCCCCACCACCUUGGAACAUCCCUGAAAGCAUCCAUUCAGAUGCUGGAAAUCUUUAUCGGCUUUGUGGUUCCCUUCCUUAUCAUGGGGGUGUGCUAUGCCAUUACUGCCAGGACACUCAUCAAGAUGCCGAACAUUAAAAAGUCUCGCCCCCUCAAGGUUCUGCUCACGGUGGUUGUUGUCUUCAUUGUCACCCAGCUGCCCUAUAACAUCGUCAAGUUCUGCCAAGCCAUAGAUGCCAUCUACCUGCUGAUCACCAACUGUGACAUGAGCAAGCGCAUGGAUGUUGCUGUCCAGGUCACAGAGAGCAUUGCGCUCUUCCACAGCUGCCUCAACCCUGUCCUCUAUGUCUUCAUGGGAGCUUCUUUCAAAACCUAUAUCAUGAAAGUGGCCAAGAAAUAUGGGUCCCGGAGAAGACGGAGACAGAAUGUGGAGGAAAUUCCUUUCGAUUCUGAGGGUCCUACAGAGCCAACCAGUUCUUUUACCAUUUAAACACAAAACUGCGCUCUGCUCUUUGCUUGGAUACUCACAUAUGAGGGACGUUUCUUCCUCAGAUAGAAUAUUUGUGUCACACUGAGACUCAACUGUCAAAUAUCAAACGCUGUUGCUGCAAUGGACAACAAGGAAGCAUAGGGAUGGGUGUGGAAGGGCGACAGACAACGGAGAGGCAAUAACAAACGGGCAAAAUGUGGAAAUUAAAGCUGGUGACAGGAGAGGAGAAUGGCAGGAGGCAGAGAAGCACUGUACCAUGAAGAGGACGGGUGUGUGGUGGGGGUGGGGGAGGUUGCAUUUUCACAGCAGUGGUGGCUACUCAAGUCUAGAUGUGCUAUCUGUGAACUUCACUCCUUGGUGUUGGCCGUGACUAUGACUAUGUAAUAUGAAACACUGGUCACUGGGCACCCAGGACCAUCCUGUACUAUCCUUGUAACUUCCUAUGAGUGGACAAUAACUUAAAAUUAAAAGUUUAAAAAAAAUCAUAGCCAGGCACGGUGGCCCACACCUGUAAUCCCAGCACUCAGGAAGGCAGAAACAGGUGGAUGUC